AUGGCCAGUGAGGAGAAUGGCCACGAGCCUAUCAAGCGCGAUGUGCGCAACCAUCUUCUCUUCGAGAUAGCCACGGAGGUGGCCAAUCGGGUCGGAGGUAUCUACUCGGUCCUGAAAUCCAAAGCCCCCGUGACUACCGCAGAGUAUGGCGAGCGCUACACCCUCAUCGGCCCCCUCAAUCGUGCGUCGGCCGCCGUCGAGGUGGAGGAGCUGACCCCGUCCAAUCCCCGCCUGAUCGAGACCAUCAAGUCCAUGAAGGAGCGCGGGAUCGAGAUCGUCUACGGUCGCUGGCUGAUCGAGGGGGCACCCCGCGUGCUCCUCAUCGACACGGGCACUGGCUACAAAUACUUGGACGAGUGGAAGGGCGAUCUGUGGAAUGCGGCUGGCAUUCCAUCACCCGCUGCCGAUACUGAGACGAACGAGGCGAUUGUCUUCGGCUACCUUGUGGCGUGGUUCCUAGGUGAAUUCAUUGCGCAUGAGCGGCGCUAUGCGGUUGUCGCCCACUUCCACGAGUGGCUGGCUGGCGUGGCCCUCCCGCUGACAAAAAGGCGGCACAUGGACCUGACGACGAUCUUCACUACCCAUGCGACUCUGCUCGGUCGGUAUCUGUGCGCCGGGUCUGUUGACUUCUACAACAACCUGCAGUUCUUCGAUGUGGAUGCAGAGGCUGGCAAGCGAGGCAUCUAUCACCGGUACUGCAUUGAGCGUGCCGCAGCGCAUACAGCUGAUGUAUUCACCACGGUUUCACACAUCACAGCCUUUGAGAGCGAACAUCUCCUCAAACGGAAGCCGGACGGCGUGCUACCCAAUGGGCUGAACGUGAAGAAGUUCUCGGCGGUGCAUGAGUUCCAGAACUUGCAUUCCCAGUCUAAAGAGAAGAUCAAUGACUUCGUCCGGGGCCACUUCUACGGCCAGAAUGACUUUGACCUAGAAAACACCCUCUAUGUGUUUACCUCCGGGCGCUACGAGUUCCGAAACAAGGGAGUCGACAUGUUCAUCGAAGGGCUAGCCCGUCUGAACCAUCGUCUGAAGAGCAGUGGAUCUAAGAUGACUGUUGUCGCAUUCAUUAUCAUGCCCGCCCAGACGUCGUCUCUUACUGUCGAGGCGCUCAAAGGCCAGGCGGUAGUGAAGUCCUUGCGCGAUACAAUCGAGAUGAUUGAGGAGGGGAUUGGAAGACGAAUGUACGAGCGUUGUCUCGCGUGGAAGGAAGGUGACAACAUGCCGGACGAGAAGGAUUUGAUCACUAGUCAGGACCGGGUGCUUCUCCGUCGCAGACUCUUUGCAAUGAAGCGGCACUCCCUGCCCCCGAUUGUCACCCACAAUAUGCUCAACGACCACGAAGAUCCGAUUCUGAACCAGAUCCGUCGUGUGCAUCUCUUCAAUCACGCUUCCGACCGAGUCAAGGUGGUCUUUCACCCGGAGUUCCUCAACUCCUCCAACCCCGUGCUCCCACUGGACUACGAUGACUUCGUUCGUGGCACGCACCUGGGGGUGUUCCCCUCCUACUAUGAGCCGUGGGGGUACACGCCGGCGGAAUGCACGGUGAUGGGUGUUCCCAGUAUUACCACCAACCUGUCUGGCUUUGGUUGCUACAUGGAGGAGUUGAUCGAGAACUCGUCCGACUACGGGAUCUACAUCGUGGACCGUCGGAUGAAGGGCGUGGAUGACUCCGUCAACCAGCUGACGGACUUCAUGUACAACUUCACCGAGAAGAGUCGGCGCCAGCGGAUCAACCAGCGAAACCGAACGGAGCGCCUGAGCGAUCUCUUGGACUGGAAAAGAAUGGGGCUGGAAUAUGUGAAAGCUCGACAGCUGGCCCUCCGGAGAGCCUAUCCCUCUUCCUUCGAGGGCCCCGAGGACAUCCACGAUAUCAUCGGCGGCACGGAACAGAAGAUAUCGCGGCCGUUGUCGGUCCCUGGCUCCCCUCGGGAUCGUUCUGGCAUGAUGACUCCCGGAGAUUUCGCGUCGUUGCAGGAAGUCAAAGAAGGGCUCAGCACGGAGGACUACAUCGCAUGGCGACUGCCUACUAGCGAAGAAGAGGAGCCGGAUGACCAUUACUUCCCCCUCACCCUGCGCACGAAGAAGAACACGGAUCGACCGGCCUCGCCGCUUGACCAGUUGUCGGUUAAUGGAGACAGUUGA